CGCAGCGUUGCCAGCCUGCUGAGCGGAUCUUUCAGGGGAUUGACACAGAAGCUUGUGAAGUGCCUGUGAGGUGCUGCCUGACCUGCUCUGUUCCUCCAGCAUUUCGUAUGUGCUGCUCAGCAUUUCCAGCACCUGAAGAAUCGCUUGUGUGACUGACUUGAAGGAGGUUAUCACUGCAAAAUUGCUUCAUUGCAACACCCUUGGCUCAAAACAUCUUCAACUCCUUCGCCAAUCACCUGAAACUCAGCAACAAAUGAAGCAGCCUGCACCGCUGGACGUGGACAACGCUGCCAGCACCGCGGUGCAGGUCUGAGCAAGGCUCCAUCGUCAGAACUGAACCCUUGUCUGCUCUCUCAGUUGCAAGUACCUCGAGGAACAGGAUAUUACUCUGGAGUUACUCAGUCUUCCUGGCAUCAGGCAAUAGUGUUUGGAAAAAGACUUCAUUUAACUCAGUUAACAAAGACGUGAUAGACCAAACAAAAUGAAUUAUAGUGAAGAAUAUGAAUAUGAUUACCCGUAUAACUUCAGUGAAGAUUAUUAUGACGGUGUGGAAACAUUGUGCAGAAUGAGUGAGAACAAGACACUUUCACCAUUGUUCAUUCCAAUAUUUUAUUCAUUUAUUGCUACCAUGGGCAUUAUCGGCAAUGGUUUGGUUGUUGUAAUCUAUUUGUCCUACAAGAGGGUUAGAUCUAUGACUGACAUGUUUCUCAUGAAUUUGGCCAUAGCUGAUAUACUUUUCGUGGUUACCCUGCCAUUUUGGGCUGUAGAUGCCCCUGAAGGAUGGAUCUUUAAGGACACUGGGUGUAAAAUUCUCAAGGGCAUAUACAGUAUCAAUUUUUACAGUGGCAUGUUAUUGCUAGGUGCUAUUAGCAUUGAUCGAUAUAUUGCUAUUGUCCAUGCAACAAGGUCUUUUAAUUACAAGGGAAAAACACUGGUUUACAGUAAAAUUGUUUGUAUAUUCAUCUGGCUUUAUGGAAUUAUUGUAUCCUUGCCAACAUUCAUUUUUACCACAAGCUAUGAGUUCAAGACAACAGGAAAAAUGGUGUGUGAAAUGAAAUACCCAAAACACAAUUCGCAUAUAUGGAAGGCAGCUGCUCCAGCACUACAGCUAACACUUGGUUUCUUUGUACCUCUGUUUAUUAUGAUUUACUGUUACUCUCUGAUAAUUAAGACACUUCUCCAAGCCAGAAACUUCCAGAGACACAAGGCAUUUCGGGUUGUAAUCGCAGUAGUAGCAGCUUUUGUGGUUUGUCAAGUGCCAUACAAUGUUGUUAUAAUUUAUGAUAUGUUUAGGACAAACAGCUGUGAAACUUUCCAGGCAAAGGCUAUUGUCCGCAUAGUGACACAGUCUAUUGCCUUUCUCCAUUGCUGUCUGAACCCUGUCCUUUACGCCUUUAUUGGUGUUAAAUUCAGAAUGUAUUUAUUGAAGAUUAUACAAGACAUCUGCUGCUUAAGCAAAAAGAACAUUUCAUUACGCUACAGCUCAGUAAGGCCUAUCACUGAAACGUUUGUGUUAAGGCGUACAUCUGACUUUGACAUUGACAACUUAUCAUCCUUUACAAUGUGAUCGUCUGCUUAUUUUUGUAGUUAUGCAUAUCUCAUGAAAUUUCACAAUAAGCAUUUAAAUGCUCUAUAAUCUCUCAUUUCAAAUUCUGCAUACUAUUUAAAUAAGAAUUACACACGGUGUCCACUUUAUUCGGUACCUCUUCUGUCUAAUAAAGUGGCCACUGAGUGUAUGCUCAUGUCCUUCUGCUGUUUGAGCCCAUCCACUUCACGAUUUGACGUAUUGUGCGUCCAGGGAUGCUCUUCUGCAGGCCACUGUUGUAACGUGUGGUUAUUUGAGUUACUGUCUCCUUCCUGUCAGCUUGAACCAGUCUAGCCAUUCUCCUCUGACCUCUCUCAUUAACAAGUCAGUUUUGCAAAAGGACUGCUACUCAAUUGGAUGUUCUUUUUUUGUUUUUCCCACCAUUCUCUGUAAACUCUAGAGAUUGUCGUGUGCGUGAAAAUCCCAGGAGAUCAGUAGUUUUUGAGAUACUCAAAUCACCCCAUCUAGCACCAACAAUCAUUCCACAGUCAAAGUCACUUAGAUCACAUUUCUUCUCCAUUCUCAUGUUUGGUCUGAACAACAACUGAACCUCUUGACCAGGUCUGCAUGCUCUUAUUCAUUGAAUUGCUGCCAUAUGAUUGGCUGAUUAUUAACAUUAAAGAGCAGGUGUACAGGUGUAUCUCAUAAAGUGGCCACUGAGUUCAAGUAUAGUACUUGAGACCCUGUACACUCUUUCUCACCACAGACCAUUUAUAUUCUAUCCUUGAGUGAAUUUGUGGAAUAUGUUAGUUAAAGUUCACUAGAGUAAAUAACUUCCACAGAAAUAAAACUGUAUACAGUCUGUUCCUUGGCACAAAAAUAAGUCCAAGGUUUCAAUCUAGCUAUCCAUAAAACUUCAUUUUUAAAGUUGUGUUUUAAGACUUUUUACAUUUUAAAAGGGAGGAGAGAAGCAAAUUUUAUUGCAAUAUAUCAGGAAAAUAUUAGCAAUUUGGUAGCACAGAUGUGUGCAGCACCACAACAUUAUAGGUUUCAGGUUUUCACACUCAAUGAAAUACUUCACAAGAUCUAUAUCAUUCCACUAUGGGAAGUGAAGGUAACAGGAAAACUUAGAACACCAUCUAGGAUUUCCUACAAAAUAAAGGAGCAGUACGAACUCCUGUGGAAUUAUUUCGUUGAGAACGAAGAGAUCGGUGCAAAUGAGCCACAAACAAGAAGGGAGAGGGAUAAUAUUGAAAAAUGGGGAAAGAUUGGGAGGAGUCUACAUACAGAAUCCAGCCAAGCUUUACACCAUUAGGCAACAUCCCAGAAUUCUCCAUUGACAAGCCCACAUUCUGCCACAUAUUCAGAGCUGAUUAUAUUGAAAACUGACAGCAAUUUCGAUUACAUUGCAAAAUGUAAAUAAAGCCUGAAACUGAUUAAUAAAAUUACAGGCGGUGAUGUUGGAGCCACAAUAUUUCAAGGAGUAACUGAAAUGACCCCUGGACUGAAAAGGUUAAUGGAUUUGAUGGAUCUGGGUCUGUACUCACUGGAGCUUAGAAGAAUGGGGGGGGGUGGGGUGGAUGGAUCUCAUUAAAACCUAUCAAAAAUUGAAAGGCCUAGAUAGAGUGGACAUCAAGAGGAUGGUUCCUAUAGUGGGGGAAUCUAGGACCAGAGGGCACAGCCUCAGAAUACAAGAAUGUCCCUUUAGAAUAGAAGUGAGCUGGAACUGCCUGACCUGAUGAGUUCCUCCAUCAUUUUAUGUGUGAUGCGAUAACUAAAGUAUGGAAGAUGACUCAUUAUCUCAAGAUGUAGGAACCUUCUUGUUGUCUAUGCAAAAUUGCUGAACUUGAGUAAUUAAUUCAGUGACAUUUUCUGUACACUGCCAUGUUGUACCAAAUCUCUUGCCUUAUAAUGUACAUAUAGAAUUUUUAAUGUUUUAAAGAUAAGCUGAUCACUAGAAGUUCAUUUUCAACUAUACAAUACUUACUAGAGUUUCUUCUUUCCUCUGAUAGUUUUUAUUUUAUAAUUGUAACUGUAGUAUGUAUUUUGUAUUAUUAUGCCACAAUUUUUAAACCUGGUAAGGGCAGAUUAAUUUUGUGGGUGCAAUUCUGAUAUGUUGCAUUUUAAAUGCCAAUGUACAUGACAGAACAGGAAAAUACUUUGAUUUUUAAUGAAGGUGUUUAAAAUGUGGAUGUCAUUUUAGGAUACGUACUUCAUGUAAAUAUAUUAGGUCAAUGAUUGUGUCAGUUCAAAAUGAUUUUUAAACAAAUUGUAUAAAAGAGUAUUCUAGCUAUGUUUGAUUUCUAUGUGUGUUGUUGCUGGAUGUUCAGGAAGUUGAAUGAAACCCCAAAUGUUUUCCUCCUCUGGAGAACAUUUGUUACAAGUCAUGUGUUCAAAGUACUGUAUCAUGUAGAUGCAUAAAUAAUACAAGGCUUUCUUUCUAAGGAACUUGGCAUUGAAGUGGGAAGCUGACUUUGCUUCUUUUCUCAGAUGCUCUGCUGUAGAAAAUGCUAACCUGAGACAAAAAGAGAAGACAAAGGUAAAACAGACAGAAUGCAAUAGGCCUUGGCUGCUUUCCUCGGUGGUCAGUUCACAAGAUUAUUUGUUAUGGGCCCUUGUAAACAUGUUUGCCUCACCUGGAAUCAAGUCAGUUAUAAACAAAUAUAAGCAGAUAAGCAAAAGGGAAAUCUUUUGAUAAAGCAACUGCAGAUUGUCUCUUAUUCGUGAAUCUUUUGAUAAAAAUAUGUUUGUAUAAAAGUGAUAUUAUUAUUCUGAUGUAUAGCUUGCCGAAUGGAUUAAAAACUUUUUAAGUCAGUGAUUAUUCUGUAUUGUGUAUAA